GGGGGCGCAGCACUACAUCGCUAUGGAAUAGCUACGUAUCCCUUUAUCUUGGUAUUGUUCGGAGGGGCUGGGUUUUCUAUCCCUUGACUUGUCGUGGUAUAUACCAACACACCUAGGCAAUUCAAUUAUUCCUUCUACCUUCUAGAGUAUCUCUAACGAUCCAGUCCAUGACAUUUCGUGUUCUAAUUCCUUUCCUAUUAGCGGAGUCCGACUUGGAAAUGGAAUAAUACAAUAUGGCAACCUUUUUGACGAGUCCCAUUCAGGGGUUCGUGGUGGCUUUCCUGCUCGUCGUUGUGACUUACUUCUAUAGUAAAUUGCACUAUAAGCGGUUCAAGCAGAAUGCCCACAUCCCUCAGCACCCUCCCUCUCUCCUUUGGGGACAUCUCGCUAUUUUUGACAAAUUUUCCAAACAAGGUGCAGCGGAUCGUCAUCCAGAUGCAAUUUUUGCCCAGAUGCGUCAAGCAUUAGGGCAGCCGCCGAUCAUGGUGGUGGACAAUUGGCCCAUUGUCCCACCUAUGGUAAUAAUCGCAAGUCAUGAGGUUGCCGAGCAAGUAUCGAAGCCUUCGAAGGAGUUUCAGUAUAGUGUGCCGAAGUCUCCAUCAACGACCAAUUUAGUCAACUUGAUUGGGCCAAAUUCUAUCUUGAACAAGCAAAACGAGGAAUGGAAGGCAAUCCGUAAAAGAUUCAACCCAGGCUUUGCUCCCCAGCAUUUGAUGACGCUCUUGCCGGUUAUCGUGGAAAAAUCUAUGCUUUAUCUAGAAGCCAUUGAUCGAUCUGUCGCUACAGGGGAGGCGUUCGCACUCGAGCAAGCCACGACAAAUUUAACAUUUGACAUUAUUGGUGCCGUGGCCAUGAAUGAAGAUAUGGGUGCUCAGCACCCAGACCCGACCCAGCAGGGCCAGCUCGUGCGCAUGUACAAGGAACUAAUCAGGACAUAUGCGGACGAUAAGCUCUCAUUACCAUGGUGGUUAAUACCUCGAGUUCACCUCAAACGCCGCAAACUUGGAAAUCGCAUCUCGGAGGAAUUAAGAGCUAUCGUGCGACGCAAUUUCGGCGAGAUGAAUGCUAAAUCGAACCCUGGUAAAUCGCGGAAUAGAUCCCGAACCGUCUUGGCGCUCAGUUUACAAGAUAUUAACACACUUACGCCCGAAAUUUUGGAAGAAACGUGUGAUCAGUUAAAAACUUUCCUAUUUGCUGGCCACGAUACGACAAGUAGUGCUAUCCUCUGGAGUGUCUACGAACUCUCUCGAACUCCCCAUGCUCUGAAAGCAGUACGCGAUGAACUAGACCAACUCUUCGGCCCCGGAGCUGCUCACGACCCUGCUAUUGUUCGCGAGAAACUCCUAGCUCCGGGAGGUGAUGAGAUUGUGCAUCGCAUGACUUAUAUCUCCGCGGUUCUAAAAGAAGUCCUUAGAUUAUAUCCCCCAGCGGGUUCUAUUCGCUUAGCGAAGGCUAAAUCAGGACUGAUUGUGACUACUUCGCAGGGUGAAUAUGAUCUCAGUGGUGUAUGGCUAUAUUUGAAUCAUACUAUUAUUGGUCGUGACCCGGCUGUGUUUGGGGACACUGCAGAUGCCUUUGUGCCGGAGCGUUGGCUUCAAUCUGAGGGUGUUCCGGCUAGUGCAUACAGACCGUUUGAAAGAGGUCCGAGAAAUUGUAUUGGGCAAGAAUUGGCGGUUAUUGAGGCGCGCAUCAUCAUUGCUUUACUGGCGGGUCGGUUCGAGUUCACUAAAGUUGGUUGCGGUGAAACCGAGUUAGGCAAAGAUGGUAAGCCGAUAAUUGAUGAUAAUGGUCAAUUCAAGGUAAAGUCGGAAAUGUAUUCAACGAUUGCGAUCACUGCUAAGCCAGUUGAUGGGAUGGUGGUGAAGGUGAAGUUAGCGCCCACAACUCGCUGAAAGGCGGUAAUGUCUAGGCCUAGGUUGGUACCCAGGUAUUAUCACUACGAAUAUACCGGACCCCCUAAGCUUAAAGACAACGUAUGACACAUUUGUGUAUAUACCGGCGGAUUA